ACCGAAAAAAAAAAAAAACUUAUAAACAUUGAAAAAUUGUUAUUGUAUUUCUUUCCAAUUCUUGUUUUCCAAUUUCUCUUGUCUGUUUACUGCUCUAUAUUUUUUCCUAUUCAUAUAUAUGUAUUUUUUUAUGAUUUAUGAUCGGUAAUAGACGAAUCAAGUCGUAGUACGUGCCAAAAUUUAAUAUUUGUGUGUCUGUGCCUAUAUGCGAUAACAUUGAUUCGUAUAUUUGAAGAUCAUCAUUAUCAUCAUCAUUUUUAUCUGCGCCAUUUAGCUGAAAGGCCAAUCGAACUUUCAUAAGUAAACAUUUUCGUCGAAUUCAACUCGCCAAUAACAACGAUGAUGAUAAAUGAUGAAAAAUAUAAAAAACUUUUGGUUAACAAGCAUUCAAAUGAUAUUCGUGAUUCUGCUUCCAUUGUUGAAGUAGAUUUACGUCCACCAAACAAUGAUGAAAUAUUAAUCAAAAAUUAUUAUUCUGGUGUGAAUGCUACCGACAUGAACAUUAUGACUGGUCGAUCAUCGAUCUUCCCAAAAGACCAUGUCCCAUUUGGUUUAGGUCUAGAGGGAUUGGGUACAAUCGAAGCUAUUGGUAAAAACAUUGAUCCAAAGCAAUUUGCUAUCGGAAAAUCUGGAUUAGUAUUUGCGAUGCCACCCAAAACUUAUGCUGAAUAUAUUUACAUAAAGCCUGAAAGAAUUUUUCCGGUUGCCGAGAUGAAACCAGAAUACGUUGCAUUACUGGAUUGUGGUCUAACAGCUGCAAUCGGACUAGACAAAGCUGGAAACAUAAAAGAAGGAGAAACGGUAUUGAUGACCGCGGCAGCCGGUGGUUGUGGUCAUAUUGGUGUCCAAUGGGCCAAAAUGAAAGGCUGUAAAGUGAUUGGAUUAUGUUCGACAGCUGAAAAGCAAUCAUUUCUAGAAUCGAUUGGAUGCGAUUAUAUAAUCAAUUACAAACAAGAAAAUCUGGAUGAAGUGUUGAAAGAAAAAUUUCCCAAUGGAAUUGACGUAAUCUGGGAGACUUAUGGAGGUUCAACAUUCGAAAUAUUAUUCAAACAUUUAGCCGUUGGCGGAAGAAUUGUUAUUGUAGGAGCUAUCACUGGAUACAAAACAAUAGGAUUUCCGGAUAUUUCUAUUCAAAAUCUUCCAAUAAAGUUAUUGAACAAAUCAGCAUCGAUAACUGGAUUUCGUUUUCGACACUAUCAACGUUUCUUUCAAAAAUAUCUUGACGAAUUGAUUGAAUUGUUUCGAACACAAAAGUUGAUUAUACGAAUCGAUAUGAAUGAUUUUAUCGGCGUUCAAUCAUCAAUAAAUGCUAUCGAGCAUCUUCAAGCGGGAAAAAAUGUCGGCAAAGUAAUUGUUCAAAUAAAUCAACAGCAACAACAAUAGCCGAACAUCAAUACUACUUUUAUGGCCGGACGAUUUUCAAUGUAUUGAUUUUGGAACACUCUUUUUUAUUGUUAUUUUUACAAUAUAAGGUGAAAGAUAUCAAAUGAAUAAAAAAAAACCUAUAUACCCGAUAUGAUUGUGCCUUCAAAUUCAAUUGUCAAUCAUAUUUGCUAUUCUACUACUUUUUUGUAUUACAUUAGUUUUCGAUUCAAUAACACAAAAAACGUUUUCAAGUUAUCUUUAAUAAAUAAAUUUUCGAAAAUUCA